AUGGUGAAGGAUACAACUUAUUAUGAUGUGUUAGGUGUUCAACCGGAUGCCACAGCAGAGCAAAUUAAGAAAGCAUACCGUAAGAAAGCCAUACAGACACAUCCAGAUAAGAAUCCUAAUGACGCUAAUGCUCAGGCGAAGUUUCAAGAGGUUAGUAAGGCAUAUAAGGUUUUAAGUGAUCCUGAGUUAAAGAGUCGGUAUAAUGAAUUUGGGUUGAGCGAUGAGCGAGGAGGGCUUUCUGUGGAUGAAGACCCAUUCGAAAUGCUCAUGGCAGUAUUCGGCGGAGACUCGUUUCAACAGUGGAUUGGUGAAUAUUCGUUUUUAAAGAACUUGAUGAAGCAGACUGAGCUGUUUGAGGGGGAGGGCGAAAUCUCAGGUAAUGAGCACGGGACAGUCGGUGGGAACAAAGAGAACUUUGGCGUCGUUGAUGAUUCUGCAGAUGAGUCUGAUACUACUGCGGCAGCUACUGGGACUACUCUUGGUAAAUUUGCUGGUAUUACGGGGAGGGAAACGAUGGAGAGCAAAGGAGGAGCCUUUCGUGAUGGACUGGCCACAACAAGUGCUCAUUUUAAUGGUAAAAGUGUAGGAAGUGAAAGUGGCAGUGCCACUGUGAACGAGAACUUUCGAAACUUUGGUAAUAGUGCGGAGCUCCCAGUCAGUCCUAGUGCUGAAUGUACGAAUAGAAAGGAGAGAAGGCACAGACAAAGAGAGAAGUUCUUAGAAUUGGAAAAGGAGAGACGUGAUGAGAAAAAAAAGCAAAUCAAUGAGCUUGCGGAGCUCUUGGAAAAGAAGAUAAGUGACUUGCAGGCAGCGUCUACGUCAGGACAUAUGCCGGAGUUUUUAGAAAAGUUGCAGAAGGAGAUUGAUGAAUCAUUAAAGACAGAGAGUUUUGGGAUUGAACUCUUGCAAUUAAUAGGAAAGGUUUACAAGAGUAAAGCCAACAACUUCUUAAUGUCGCAGAAAACCUAUGGGAUAUCCCGUAUUUUUACUGGCGUGCACGAGAAGACUAAGUCCGUGAAAUCCACUUUUAGCAUGUUAAACUCGGCGAUGAACGCAAUGAGUGCUCAGAAAGAGUUGGAAAAAAUGAAUCUCGAAGGCAUGAACCCAUAUGAUCGUGCAAAGCUUGAGUUCCUAAUUCAAGGCAAAUCAAUGGGCAUGAUGUGGAGUUUGAACAAAUUCGAAUUACAAAGUAAACUAAAGGGUGUCUGUGAUAAAAUACUAGAUGAUAAAUCGGUCCCUACAAAACAAAGAAUUAAUAAAGCAAAGGCAUUGUUAGCUAUAGGUAACAUGUUCUGUAAAGCACGGCGUGAAGAAGGUGACGUAGACCCUACUAUCCUUGAGUUUGAAGAGAUGGUUCUACAAUCUAAAAACGUAAGGAUAAAAACUAAGAGACAAAAUGCUAGAUCAUAUGCAGAUAACGUGCAUAUAAACUAUAGUACAACAAAGGGGUUUGACUAUUCUUCCGGUACCGCCAAAGAAUCUUCCGCUUUCAGCCCAACCCCUGGGCCUACUCAGUCUCCUACCACAGGUGUAAACUCGGCCAGUCCAAUACCACCAGCGGAGGGAGAUUCUCGACCCUUUACCUCCCGUAUGCCUAAGACAGGACCUAGGCGUCAUAAUUCUUUCCGUACUUCUCCACCUCGUCCUUCUACAGCACAUCCUGCUACUAGUGAGCCUUCUUCUAAGCGCAUGCCUUUCCGCAGCUCCUCUGUUAGAAGUACCGCAGGGCGUACAUGA